UCACAAUACUUGGAUGUAGGAGGGUUCUGAGAGACAGACUAUAAAGAGACUCAAUGUCCUGUUUUAAUCUAUCUAAGGACAGAAAAUCUUCAGCAAAGUACUACGAAAAUCUUUCAACGAAUAUACCUAAAACAACUCUUUGAAGAUUUGCACAAUGGAAACCGAUAAAGCUCAAGAACUGCAGAAUCCAUGUGGUGAGCUCAGGAUUGUUCUCCUGGGGAAGACUGGAGUUGGGAAAAGUGCCACUGGAAACACCAUACUUAGAGCAAAACCCUUCAAAGUGUGUUUAUCGGCAUCAUCUGAGACAAUGGUUUGCUGGAAAGAUACAAAGAAGAUUAAUGGCACAAAGGUGGCUGUUAUUGACACUCCAGGACUUUUUGAUCCCAGCUAUACUAUAGAGGAGAUGGUCAGCAGGAUUAAGCUGUGUAUUCCUCUUUCUACCCCUGGUCCACAUGUCUUCUUGCUGGUGCUUCAGCCUGGUAGGUUCACAAAAGAGGACCGUGACACAGUGGAGAUCUUUCUUCAGAUCUUUGGAGAAGAGGCAAGCAAGCACACCAUGAUUCUGUUCACACAUGGAGACAAAUUUGAGGGAAGAAAUGUUCAAGAGUUUGUCAGCCGCAAUCCAGACUUGGAGAAACUCUUUGAGACAUGCCAGAAGCGAUACCAUGUGCUUAAUAAUGAGUCCAGGGAUGAUGAUGUGCAGGUUGAGCAGCUUUAUGAAAAAAUACACAAGAUGAUUUCUGAGAACGGAGGACGCUGUUAUACCAAUGAAAUGCUGGAGAUGGCGGAAAGGGCAAUUCAGGAGGAGAAACAACGAAUCUUAGGAGAAAACGAAGAGCACCGCUGCAAAGAGCUAGAGUCACUGAAAGCUAAAUAUAAAGCAGAAGAUCUGAAACAAGCCAUAGCAGAUCUGUCAAUGAAACUAGAGACAGAGGCAAGAGAGAGAGCUGAGAGAAACAACACAUUUCUUAAGACAAUUGUAGAGUUUUUGUUUACUACUCUUGAAAAGUAUGUAAUGAAGAAACUUGGGCAAUGAUUGGGUUCAGUUUUUAGCUAUGUGAAUUUUAAAUAUAACAGAGAAUAACUUAGGGCUUUUGAUGUGGAAUCUUCUAAAAGUCAUUACAAAAGCUUAUUUUGAAUUUAUUUUUAACUAAAAACUUUUUUGAAAAAAAAUACAGUGAACAACAUACAACAUACUGUAAAACUCUAAUUACAGUUUUUUUUCAAUCACUAACAAGCCCUUACCCAUACUUCACAUACUUUUUCUAAACAAUUAACCAGUGAUGGGAAUAACGGCGUUAUAAGUAAUCUGCGUUAGUGACUGCGUUAUUUUUUCAGUAACGAGUAAUAAAAUAAAUUACUGUUUCCCCCGUUAUAACGCCGUUAUCGUUACUGACAUUAAAAUGCUGCGCGUUACUAAAAUUGAUCUCACUGUAGUGAUUUUUACCCACGUAUGCUCGCUCUCUCAGCCAAACACUGAUUUUCUCUUGUGUGAGUGUGUUGGGAGAAACAUAACUGAUGUUACAGUUUUUCUCAGUCGAUUUGACACAUUUCUCUAAAUGAAUUUAACUGCUCUCAAAGAAGUUAGCACAGCAAAAUAAACACAUGUUGGCAAAACAGUUAAGUAUUCACUGCACAAUGAAACACAGCAUUUUAUUCUAGUAAUGC